AUGUCUACAAAGCAAUCCAACUUCCCGUGCCACUACGAGGAGCUCUCAAUGAUAUCUGUCGUUGAGGCUGAUGAGCAAAUUCUUGACACGAGUGUAUAUCAAGAUGACUCUCUAGAGAAAGCACUUAUGUUGUUCAAUAGCAUGGGAAACGAUGAGGAGGUUGAGGAGAUGAUGCACAUCCUGGAUACAUCCUGUGCUUACAUGCAGGGGAUACACCCCUUUGAGCCCUUGAAUAGGUUGCUUGAGAAAGAUGUCUCCUUCAAGUUCGAUGAUGCCUGUCUGAAAGCAUUUGAGGAGCUGAAGGGAAGGCUAGUGACUGCACCAAUUAUCAUUGCCCCGGAUUGGGAGCAACCCUUUGAGUUGAUGUGUGAUGCGAGUGACGUAGCUAUUGGAGCUGUUUUGGGGCAAUGGAGAAAUAAAAUCUUUCACUCCAUCUUCUAUGCGAGCAAAAGUCUGAAUCCAGCUCGGAUGAAUUAUACAGUUACUGAAAAGGAGUUGCUUGUAGUGAAAGACGCCAAGCCGAGACUGAUUCGUUGGGUCCUUCUCUUGCAAGAGUUUGACUUAGAAAUCCGAGAUAAAAAAGGAACAGAGAACCAAGUGGCUGAUCACUUGUCCAGAUUAGAAAAUCGGAGCUAUGUAGCUGAAGGUGGGUCUAUCAAAGAAACAUUUCCUGAUGAGCAAUGCCAAAGAACCGGAACGAUCACCAAGAGGCAUGGGAUGCCUUUGCAGAAUAUACUAGCAGUAGAGCUUUUUGAUGUUUGGGGGAUCGACUUCAUGGGACCUUUCCCAUACUCCAAUGGGCACAGGUACAUCUUGGUGGCAGUGGACUACGUGUCUAAGUGGGUGGAUGCCAUUGCUAUUCCCACUAAUGACGCGAAGGUAGUGGUGAGUUUUGUAAAGAAGCACAUUUUCACACGCUUUGGAACUCCACGAGUGUUGAUAAGUGACGGAGGAUCGCACUUCUGCAACAAAUUGCUGAAUAAUAUCCUUGCAAAAUAUAGAGUCAAGAACAAGGUUUCCACAGCCUAUCAUCCCCAAACGAGUGGUCAAGUGGAAGUGUCAAACAGAGAGGUGAAGCAGAUUCUGGAGAAAAUAGUGAAUGGGAAUAGAAAGGACUGGGCUGGGAAGCUCGACGACGCAUUGUGGGCAUAUCGAACUGCAUACAAAACUCCCAUAGGUGCUUCUCCAUAUAAAUUAGUUUGUGGGAAGGCAUGUCACUUGCCCGUCGAGCUUGAACACAAAGCCUAUUGGGAAAUUAAAAAGCUGAACAUGGAUAUGGAUUUAGCUGGAGAGAAGAGGUUGCUGAAACUCAACGAGCUUGAUGAGUUUUGA